GGACGCGUGGACGCCUCUCCCGCGGCGGUCUGUCCGUCCGGCGCCAUGGAGGAGUUCCUGCAGCGCGUCCAGUCCAAGCUGAACAGGAGUAAACACCUGGAGAAAGUCCAUGUUGUUCUUGGGAAUAAAUCCUGUGAUUUGGAUUCGCUCAUUUCUACUCUGGCCUAUGCCUACUUUCUAGACAAGGUCAGUCCUCCUGACAUCCUUUGCUUACCCGUGUUGAACAUACGGAGAAGAGAUUUUAGCUACUUCACAGAGAUGAGAUAUAUUUUGGAGGAGCUGAAUAUCCCGGAGUCGUUCCAUAUCUUCCGAGAUGAAAUCAAUUUGCACCAGCUGAAUGCUGAAGGGAAAUUGUCUUUGACACUUGUAAACAGCAACACGCUGAUAAGUGAGGAUGAAACUUUGGAAUCAGCUGUCGUCAAAGUCAUCAAUCCAGAGGAGCAACGUGAUGGCAGCCUGGAGUUACAAACAUCUUCUUCCUCUUUAGUAGUAAAAGAGAUUCUUCAAGAGGCACCAGAGUUAAUCACUCAGCAACUGGCUUAUCUCCUCAGAGGAAGCAUUCUCUUCAAGUGUAUGUCUUUGGAGGCUGACAGAAUUACAGAACAGCAGGAGAAAGUACUGUCAAUCCUAGAAGAGAAGUUUCCAGAUCUUCCCCCACGAGCAGAAAUUAUCUCAGUUCUCCAGGAGACACAGUUUAAUCUGCAAGAUGUAAGUAUUGAGGAGGCUAUGCUGAAGGAUCUGAAGGAGAUUUCAGAUGGAGAAAUCAAAGUAGCAAUUAGCACUAUUUACAUGUCUCUGGAGGACUGUGUGUUACACAGGAGUCUUGUUGGAGAUCUGAAAGCAUUCAUCGAUAAAUAUGGAUGUGAUGCACUUGUAAUUUUGGCCAACUGUUUGCCAGAUGAGAAGCAAACAAAACGACAAAUAGCAGUAUACUCAGAAAACUUAGAGCUUGGCAAUCAGAUCUGCUGUGAAUUAGAAGAAUGUCAGACUCCUUGUUUGGAGCUGGAUCCUCUAGAAUGUGGAUGCGAUCAAAUUCUGAUUUAUCGUCAAGAAAAUUCUUUGGUCACCUGUGAUAAAAUUUUUCUUCUGGUUAAGGAAGUUAUAAAUAGAAGACAGCCAGAAAUGGUAUCAAACAGUAGAACUUCUUCUACUGAAGCUGUUGCUGGAAGUGCUCCACUUUCACAAGGAUCUUCUGGUAUUGUGGAGUUAUAUGGUUCUGAUGUAGAACCACAGCCCAGUUCUGCCAAUUUUAUAGAAAAUCCUCAGGAUCUAAAUGGAUCCAUGCAGGCCCAAGUUGAUGUUAAUGUAGAUCUUGUGAGUCCAGACAGUGGAUUGGCUACCAUUAGAAGCAGCCGGUCUUCCAAGGAGAGUUCUGUUUUCCUUAGUGAUGAUAGCCCUGUUGCAGAAGGUGCUGCUUCCCAUCACAGUCUUCUGCCUGGCUUUGACUCCUAUAGCCCUAUUCCUGAAGGAGCAAUAGCUGAAGAACAAAACCAUCAGUCUAGAGAUAAUAGUGAUAACUUUGAUCUUUUCAAUUUUGAUCUAGCACCCAUGGUAACAGCUCCGUCUGAAUCAUCUUCUCGUUCUGUUGAUUGUUCACCAGCAGAUGACUAUUUCCUUAAUAGUGACUCAUCAGAAGGACAACAACUGACUCUGCAGAAAGAACUUGAUGAGGCAAACCUGCUAGAAAAUGAUACAGCAAAUUAUUCAACUGACUUACUUAUGGCAACAAAUGAGGAAGACAAUUUAGCUGAAUUUGAUGAAAGUUCCGGAGACCUGUGUGAGAAAACAUCAAGUUUGAUCAAUUUAGUUGAAGGUGAUUCUUCUUCACCAGAAAUGUUGAAAUCUGCUGAUUCAAAAAUUCCACCAACUCCUAUGAACAGUCUAGUAGAAACUUCACCAUUAGAUAAUGGGGAGCCUUUAUUUUUCUCGCAAGAUGUCAUUAAAAAAAUUAAUGAAAUAGAUGGCACAAAUUAUUCUCAGUCUCGUGUUAGGUAUGGGAGCUGGUGGGAUGGCUUUGACCUAGAGUCCAGACAUGCUGAUACAUGGAGUUCAAGUGAGCAGGAAUCUGUAUUUCAGAGCCCCGUCUUAUGGAAAGACUGUAAAGAAAGUCCUUUGCUACGAGAACAUGUUGAUAGAAGAGCCUCAGAUUCUGUUUUCCUCCAAAAACAGCCAAAGCAAAUGGAAUACAUAAGAGCAGGUCUGUGGGAUAGUAAUUUUAAACAAGAUAAUUGGAACCAUAAGAAUCAAGAGAAAAACAGUGAGCAUUUGCCACAUUUUCAGACUGCUUCUUUAGAGGAGACAAAACAAGAACCGGAGAGCUUUAUUGACCCAUGGAAGGUCAGUCAGCUGACACCUGUGAAGUCAGAUGACGUGUGGCAUAGCAUUGAAGGGAACAGUAGUCCACUAGCUGGAGACUGCUAUGAAGUCUGGACUAAGUUUGAUGCAGAACGUGUUGCUAGAUCCUCAGAAAAUGUAUGGAACAUGCCCAAACUGGAUAGAGAAAAAAAAUCAGUGAAUGGGCCUGAGGAAUGGGCCAUGUCAAAAAGUAGCUUAUCAGAUUCUUCAGAAAUUGUAGCCGACAAUGAGACUGAAAAUCCACCUAUCCAGGUAUCUCCAGAAGACUGGGAUAAAGAAAGAUCUUGUUCAGUAGAGGAACAUAUAAAAUAUGAAAAUACAAAUUCUUUUUUCAACAAUAUGCAAAAUAAUUCCAAGCUGAAAACAGAGGAAAAAAAUGUGUUUGGUCAUGCUAAAUAUAGACUAAAGCAUUUUGAAAAUCUAGAGACCGGGAAAACGUACGAUAAAAAUAUCAAGAAAGAAGUAACAGAAGUAGUCGUGCCAUGGGAGGAUACCUUCUUGUCUAAACCCUCAGACCUUAGUUCAUCAAACAUAGGUGAAGAUAUGGCUGUUUCUCCACCAGACACCAAUUAUUCAACAUCUGAUUCAUAUCUAUCACCUACAUAUGUAGAAGAUGAAAGAGAAAAUAAGGACAAAGAUUUUGAUGAAGAAACAGUUAUUGGCAAAUCAUUAAACCCAGAUUUGACUGAGCCAAAAUUAUUUGAGAAAGCAGAUAAGAAACCAUCAUCUCCUAGAAAUAUGCCUUUUUCAAGUGCCAGAAAUGAAGACAUCUGGAACACUCCCCUAAAUAAUGUCACCCAGUUACAAGAAAGAAAUUCUGAAGUUAGUGCUCUUUCUGCCUCUGCUAAACCCGUCCUUAAUUCAGAACCAGCAAGUGAUCAGUCUUUUUCAACAGACAUACAUGCAAAUGAAAAUGUUUCUUCUGUAUCUGAAAACAGAAGAAUAACACCGGUAUGCAGUCAAACAGUGAAUGACUUAUCACCACCACAAAAUGAAAUAAAUUCUAGUGAGGCUGCAGCUGAAAAUGUAGGAGCAGCAAGCAGUGUUAGUGUAAAAGACACAGAUGCCUCUAUGCUGACUUCAGACCCUGGGAAUGGUUUGGAUAUGAAAAUACAUGACUUGGGGAGUAAGAUACUUAGUAAGAAGGAAGCACAAAACACUGCCAAUGUUGAUGAAAAGCUGAGUAGCCAGGAUUCAAUGCAGCAGGCAAACUCAGGGAGUUUGAUGAGUGAGCAAGGUUCUGAGGAAGGCUGGGACAAUGCCAUUGAAAUAUCUUGGGAGGGAAAAGAGGAAUAUGAGAGGACAUAUGAUACAAGUGGACAUCAGAUAAUUAGUGACAUUUGUAAUAAACCAAUGCAAGAAGACAGUGAAUCCUCAUCUAAUGUAGAUUUUGAAGAGAACAGACCAAUAACUGAGUUUCCGAGCUCCCCAGUAAAAAAGGCAAAUAGUAUUAGUUUGGAAGCAUUACUCAUAGAGAAUGAGUCUUUUUCCAAUCAAAUUAAUCCAGUUAGUCAGGAAGAGAGCAGAGACUUGUCACAGAAUCAUGUAGAAUCUUCAAGUGCUUCUGAGGAAGGCAGAAAUUAUUACUCCUUUGAUGACUCUAGACAACAAAAUUACAGUGAAGCAUCACAGCUGCUUUCUGAGAAAGCUGAAGAGGAGACUGCAGUGAUAGAAGAUGCAACAAGUCCAGAGAUAGAAAAUAUCUCUGCAAGUUCUGGUAAAAGUAGUGAUAAUCCAGAAAAUAAUUCUUCUAAAAUGCCCAGAAGUUCAGGCAUCUGGAAUGACUCUGGAAAGAGUAGUUGUCUUCUAGCCACAUCAAUUCCUUUGACGAAUGAACAGCAAGAAAUGAUGGGAGAAAUAAAAGAGGGCUUACAUGAAGUGGUUCCAAGUCAUUCAGACAUUUGUAAUUCUGAGUUAGUAUCUUGCAAAAAUAGCUCAGAACUAAACAGGACUCCUGAAAAGUCUCUCAUGGAUGAGUUUAAAAGUCCAUCUUCUGGGUUUGGCAGUAUUCCUAACAUUACAGAUAUGUCUGUGGUGAAAAAUUCACUUUCAUGUGAAAUAGAUCCAGGGAGAAAUAAAAACUCUGAAAAUAUAGAACCUGCCAAUAAUCUUUGUAGAGAGCCAUGUGUAAUGCUUAAUGACAGUUUUCACCAAACUUCUUGGAAUUCACGGCAGUGUGAAGAUCUGCAGUCUCCUGGAGCAAGUCCUGAGGCAAGUGAAGCCCUUGAAAUGGCGAACACCACAAGCAGCCUUUCAAAGGAUAUACAGAUCAGGAGUUAUUUAGAAGAAGAUAAUGUGUGGAGUGAUUCAAUAAAUGAUUAUGCACACUCAAGUGGAACAAGUCCUGAUUUAAGUGACACAUCUGUGAAUGUGUGGGGAGACCUUCCAGUUGACAGUCACCACAAGAGACAUAUGGAGGACAUUAAAAAUAAUAAAAAUCUUGAAGAUGCUUGUGAAAGGAAUGAAUUUGGGAGUGAAUAUGAAGAAGGAUUUGAAGCAAGUGCUGAACAUAACAAAGUUCCUAAAAGCUUAGAUUUUUGGAAUGCCCAUGUAGAUGAUGAUACUAUGUCAUCUUUAUCAAGUCCUGAUGUAAUUGAGGAUUCAGAGAAUUCAGAAGCAUGUCCAGAAAUGUCCCAUGAAGAUUCCACGUAUGAAAACAAACAGCACAAAGCGUCUGAAAUAGGAGACGAUUAUGCUCGAUCUAAUGCAACAAGUCCUGAAGCAAAUGAAGACGAUUCAGAUGCAAAACAAAAGAUUGGAGAGGAGAUUCAUGUAAGCAUCUUCAAUGAAAAUCUUGAAACAAUUAAAGCUAGGAAAGUAUUGCAGGAAGACUUGAACAUAAUGGAACAUAACGAGACUUCUGAAUGUUUAGGUCAAUGGGAAACACUUCAGAAGAAAACUCAGGUGAGCAUUUCCAGUGAAGAAUCAGGUGGUGGAGAAGAUUCAUAUUUGUGUCAAAUGAAUAAAAAUACUACUCCGACUUUGGCUUUAGAUGAUAAAAAAGAGUCUCCUUCAAAAGCUGUAGAUACGUGGAAUAUGUUGUUGGGAAGUAAUUUAAGAACUAAUCCAAAAUUCACAGUAGGAACAUUCAGUUUUCCAGAUGAUGGUUCAGAAUGGUGGAAUUCACAACCUUGGGAAGAAAAGCAAUUGGAAGAUCAGUAUUCUGUUUCAAGUCAUUCAGCAACAAACCAAUCUAAUAGUAAGGAGGACUUCUGGGGAUCACCUUCGCAAGAAGAACCAUCAGAAAUACAUUUCAUUCAUGCAAGUGAUUAUGGAAAUCAGCCUUCUUCCCUGUGCAGUGAUGAAAAAGAAAAUGAAAGGCUCCUACAUCCUGUGAGUAUUCCCGAUAGUCAGAUAAAUCAAGUACAGUUCAAACAACUUGAUCCUUUCAUGCUAGACAAAGAAGAAAUGAGCUUGAAAGAGCAGUUCUUUCCCAAGGAAGAAGAAAAUCAACUGACUCCACAGAAUCCUUCAGAUGAGGAACGAGAUAUGACAAAUACACCAGUUAAAGACAUCAGUGAACUGGAUCUACCAAAAGUCAUUGAGGGAAAUGCAAGUCUCAUUCCUCAAGAACAACAGUGUGACCCCUGUGACAAAUUAGAAGUGCACAACUGCCUGCCAGGUGCUUUCACUGUAGAAGACUUGUCUUUUGAAAUGACAGAGAAGUCAAGUCCAGGAUGGAGUAUAUUAGUUCCCCAAACUGAACUUAUCCCAGAUAUUAUACAAGAUAACACAGAAGAACGUAAUCAGCUAUUUUCAGUGAAACCUGACCUGUGGACUAAUGCUGAGCAGAUUGUCACUUUGAAGUCAGAUGGCAAAAAUCCUGAUAUAUUAAGUCACUGUGACCAAGAGAAUAGUUCAGAGGCAUCAAGUAGUCCUGAUGUGUGCCAGGAGUAUGAAGCUAAGUAUGCUUCUAUCAUGUCUUCUCAGAUUGGAGUGGCACCUGAAGACAGUCAGCUUGUUCAUACAUGGUCAAAUAUAAGAAAAGAGGCAUAUUUUGAUUCACAGUGUCAAUCAGUAAUGCAGAAAGCAGAGACACAGUCUCAAAGGGGUAGCCUCCGGGACUAUGAACAGGGAAAGGUCAAUGAAUCCUAUCAGCUAAUCUCUUCUAAUACUCAAGAGUCUCCUGAACUUGCAAUUUUAGAAGAAUAUGGUCUAGAACAUAAACUUGCCACUGACCCAAUUGAGUUGAAUGAAAUUACCAAUGAAGUUUUAGAAGUGGUAACCUUAGAUCUGAAAGGCACACUCUGUGAAAGUCUCACUUCUGUGAGCCAUCAGGGAGCACGAACUGAAACAGCUCAAACAGUGACCUCUGAAAUGCAAUUAAUUCCCGUAGAUUUGACUCUUCGUGAUAUGGCAGGACAAAGCUUAAAAGAAAUAAGUGCCUUGACUGAAGUUGGAAAAUAUUCUAAAAUUGACCAUACAUCAGUAACUCUUCACAAGCUAGACAUGUCAGAAGAACUUAGGGAUGAAUCUGAGACAGCAGUGGAACAUAACAUCAAGAACACAUUGGUGACUAAUGUCCCAGCAAGGACAUAUGGUGCAAUAAACAUAAUGACAGCAGUAUCCAGUGAAGCAGUAGUAGGGAAAACAAAAGAUAAACAGAUACUCUCUGUGAAAUCCGUUUUGCGUGGUGGUGAUGAGGGCCCUGAAUCUGAUGCAGGUAAUCAACUGGUUGCUGACGUUGGAAAAGAAUCUGAUGAUGUAAUUAAAAACCCGGUUCCUGUGUUUAAGGAAAUGCCCAGUGACCACUCACCAGUGUUAUAUACUCCACCGUCCUAUACAUCUUUUGAUGCUGAAACUUCUGGAAGCAGAGACUGUGCAAAAGAUGAGCUCAUGUUACAGCAGUCAUUUUGUGACAGUAUUUCUCUGGAAAAACCUUUGCCACUGCCAGUGCCUUUGGAAGGUGCAGAAAACAUCCUGAUGACCAAAAGAAGCAGCAUUAAAGAUGAGAUGUCUGAAACAUCUACAGAGUGCUUUUGGGAAAAUCACACAUCAAUACCUUCACUCUCCCAGUCUGAAGCAACUCCAAUAGUUUCAGAGACCGGAAAAUCUGAAGCAGAAGCAACUCAUCUCGACUCACCAGUAGGUGGAGAUAGAAGAUCACCUGAUGAAACUGGCAUUGACUCCCUACUUAAUAGACAGAAUAAGCCAAGAAAUUCCUCUGAGAGCUGUGGACUGAAAAGUACAGAGAGUAAAGAAGAUGUGAAGAUGCAGGUUCAUGGAGAUCCAGAUUCAGUCCUUGUUACAGAGGAAGAAAAUAUACCUUUGACAAAGGACAAGCUUGAAAGAAACAAAAGUGAUUUUGCAUUUCAAGAAGAUACUGUAGCUGAACAAACAGAAUCUCAGGAAGGCUUUUCACCGGGCUCCUUGGAUACCUUUCAGCCAAUCUCCAUUACAAAUGAGAGGGAAGGGCACUUUGUUUGUGGGACUGAAUGGGACUCUGUUCACUUAGAAGAGAAAAGUUCUUCUAUUGUGCCUCAAAAACUGGAUGAUGAAAGAAGACCACAGGAAAAAUGUAGGCAAGAUGAGGGUUGGAUUAUAUUGGGCGAAAAUGAAGUCAGUGAUAUAUCAACUGAAGAAAUUUCUGUGGAAUCAGAGAUGCCAAAAUCAGGGUCUGGACAUUCUUGUGAAGAACCAGCAACUGAUGUGUCACAGAAAUUGAUUCUUGACACUCAAGCAGAAUUUCAGGGAGAAACUCCGCUUCAGAAAUCUUUUGAACAUGCAGGUGGUUCUCCUUCAAACAGCUUGAUUUCCAAGGAUGAGCGUUCAGGCAUUGCAGGAACACGCGUGUUGCCUGUGGUUGGUGAUGACGAUGCAUUGGAAGAAAAUUCUCAACGGAGAGUUGUAAAUAGUGCUGCAACAGAACAAGAAAUGGAGGGAGAAACACUGCUUCUCAACAGUGAAAGAAAACUGAGUCAAAAAGCAGGGUUGGUACAAGAGGAUGUGGGAAUGGAUAUCCCCUUUGCUGAGGGUGUACUAAGCCCCAGUUCUACAGAGAUGAGACCUGAACCUCCCAAUUCUCUUGAUCUUAAUGGUUCGCAUCCCAGAAGGAUAAAGCUCACUGCUCCAAAUAUCAAUCUUUCUUUGGACCAGAGUGAAGGGUCUGUACUUUCUGAUGAUAAUUUGGAUACACCAGAUGAAAUUGACAUCAAUGUAGAUGACCUUGACACUCCUGAUGAAGCAGACUCUCUUGAAUAUGCUGGACAAGAAGAGCAGAGUGCUACUAAGGAUGCUUCUCAGGAGGAGUCUGAAUCAAUUCCAGAGUACACAGCCGAAGAAGAGCGAGAGGACAACAGAUUGUGGAGAACUGUGGUUAUUGGAGAGCAAGAACAAAGAAUUGAUAUGAAAGUCAUUGAACCUUACAAAAAGGUCAUUUCACAUGGAGGGUACUAUGGUGAUGGUCUGAAUGCUAUUAUUGUGUUUGCAGCUUGCUUCUUGCCAGACAGCAGUCGAACUGAUUACAACUAUGUCAUGGAAAAUCUUUUCCUCUAUGUAAUCAGCACCUUAGAGCUGAUGGUAGCCGAAGAUUAUAUGAUUGUCUACUUGAAUGGUGCAACACCAAGAAGGAGGAUGCCUGGACUGGGUUGGAUGAAGAAGUGUUACCAGAUGAUUGAUAGACGAUUACGGAAGAAUUUGAAAUUGUUUAUAAUUGUUCAUCCGUCAUGGUUUAUCAGGACAAUUCUGGCUGUGACACGUCCUUUUAUAAGCUCUAAGUUCAGCAGUAAGAUACAGUAUGUCAACACGCUGGCGGAGCUUCGUGAGAUGAUUCCGAUGGAAUAUGUGCACAUACCAGACAGUAUUGUCAAGUUUGAUGAAGAGAAGUGUAUUAAGAGAAGAACAAGAACCAGCUGCCUCUCAAACGAUCCAGAAAUUACUUCAGUGGAGCAGGAUAUUGACAUGACCCUGAAAUAAAAACCAUCACUGCCAGGCAUUUGAAGAAGAGGAUUUGCUUGGAUUUUCAUCACCCAGACACCCACAACCAUGGUGUACAAUAUGCGAUUUGGAUCAGUUUUGUUCAGUUUAUGAUUUCUCUGUGUCAUUCAGCAAUUCAAGAAGACCAAAAGGGACAAUCCUGUUGCCAUGGAAACAGCAGAAUAUUGGGCUUAGUUAUUUGUGUUGUUUUCUGAAGUAGAGUUUUCAUUAGGAAAGCUGUAAUUGGUUUCUCUCUGUGUGUGCAAUUUCUGUUUAAAAGGAUAGCAUUUUACCAACA